UGAUUAUCUUAUUAAAAUCAAUUCUGACAUUUUAGACCAUUAUUAAACAGUUUAGUAGAGGUCAGAUUUAUAUAGAGUGAGUGUGGUAUGACAUCGGGGCCGGGCUUCAUUCUACAAAAAUUCAAUCAAGUCUUCCGUUCCAGGUACAAAAAAAAUGCUGCAGGACUUGACAUAGAGGGACCCUCUACCGGCGGGAGGGCCGCGAGAAUGCUGAUAAUGCCUUCGGUGCUGGAAGAAGUGGAGGACAACUCCGUAUUUACCCCUUUAGUGGACUCCAGUGGUAUACGAGUGAUCCCACCUAGCCCUUCUUCAAAACCUUUGAAGAAUAUUAGUGAAAUCAAAAGCCUUCUUCAGCAGGGCCGAAAGCAAGAAGUGAAACAAAUUUUACGGAAUAAUUCUUGGCCUGUGAACAGUCCGAUCCGAACCGAACUGUGGCCUGAAUUGUGUACACAGCAUCAAAAUGACAAAUCCAAUUUUAUGGAGGGGUUCUACUGGGAUAUGGUUAAUCAGGUUUACGGGACCACCGAUCUACCAGACAAAUCUGUAAGUUUGCCACCCUUUGUGGAACCAUCUCACUGUCAGUCAUAUUAUAUGACACAUAAAGGAAGAAGUAUUACAGAUCGUGUUGUGUCAGUGUUAGGAUAUGCUUGCCCAGAUAUUGUUUAUAGUCCAACAAUAUAUCCAAUAUGUGCUCUACUUCUUCACUUCAUGACUGAAGAGGAAGCAUAUCACUGUAUGGCCAGUUUGGUAGCAUCGAAAGAAAAAACGUUCAUCACACAAACAAAACUUUUAUACGAAGUAACGUGGAAGACUGUUAUGCAAAUAUGCAAAAAACAUGUGAAGUCAGCUGCAGUCCAUCUUCAGAGGCAUUGUACAACUAAUCGACAAGAAAAAAUAUACAUGGACUGGAUCUGGUGGAUAUUUCAAGGACUACCUUUUCAACAUCUCGUGAGGGUUAUGGACUGUUUUUUCCAUGAAGGGGUAAAGGUAUUAUACCGAACAGCGAUGGCCAUCCUUAUCCUAUUCCAAAAAUUUUCAUCGUCAUCGUCUUCGGAAUGGUUGGCGGAAAUCCAGAAGAACGGUGUCGACAGCGCGCUGACGAAGUUCUGCAAGGAAUGCCCAGUGUCGCCGCAGAAGGUGCUCAAGGUAGCGUUUGGCAUUAGGGGAUUGAGUUCCUCGUACAUAUCGAGGGUUUUUUUGAAGACUGAAAUGAUUCUAAAGAGCAAAAAUGUGGUGAACGGCUCGAGGUUAGUGAGGUCGAGGUCGAGUGAAAACUUACCAAAUAGCCAGAGUCAAAACAAUAUCCAGAUGGUAUCGCAUACACUUACCAUUCGGGAGAAAAUGUCCGAAGAGAUGUACAAUGAAAUGUUACUUACUCUUUGGUCCUGGUUACCUGUAAGAAUUACCAUGUACCAACCGAUACUGCUCUACACCACUGAAGAACAUGGCUGUUCCUUGACGACGUUCUACGUUAGGGUAGAACAGCACGAGCCUACCCUGUUGAUGAUUAAGACCUGCAACAAUGAGGUAUUCGGUGCGUACUGUUCAUCACGUUGGGUCGAGAGAAAUAUAAAAGACGAUAGGGGUAACAGACAGGCGUAUUUCGGCACGGGAGAAACCUUUCUGUUUUCGUUAUAUCCAGAACGAGCGAAAUAUCCUUGGGUUGGUAUGGAGGUAGAUAAGGUUCAGCACGGCGCAGAACUUUUUAUGGCGGCUGAUUCCAAGAUGAUUACUAUUGGAGGAGGAGAAGGCCAAGCGAUCUGGAUGGACGAAAAUAUAAGAUACGGCAAAACGGAUACUUGUGCAACAUUUAACAAUCCCCCCUUAGUGCCAGGUGGUGAUUUCGAAAUCAGAGUAUUGGAAGUUUACGGAUUUGCCACCGAUCAACUCAGCUAGACAACGACAGCCAACGAAGAAAAAAUAUAGUAGUUUAUAUAUGUUACAAGACGCUGCAGAUUUUUGUAGUUUAAUUUAUUUUCUAGAAUACUCGCAGAAUAAAAAUACAUUUUUAUUUA